GCUACUGUGACGGAAGGAUGCGCCAGGACAACUUUUCUUCUCUUUCACCUGCUUUCAAGUUUGCAUUUGACAUAAUUUGACAGAUAGCUAUCAAAAUCAGCAUUAUAUCUAUAAACAAAAGGCCCAUUUUAGAAGAUGCAGUUGCUAAGUGAGGAGUGAGGAGAGAGCUAAAAUGGAAUUCUUCUCGCUGCUUUUCCAUUUCAUGACGUCAUUUCUUCUCGUCUCUGGAGAAAAGAUAGGAUGUGAACCAACGGAAUUCCGUUGCAGCUCGGGACAAUGUGUAGAUGGCGGACGAUAUUGCGAUGGAAAUUCCGAUUGCUUCGAUGGCAGCGAUGAGCCGGAGAGAUGCACCAACUGCAAUCGGACAUAUUAUGGGCUGACUGAUCUGAAAUAUCCUCUACGACUGAGCGAGCACAGAUCUCCCACGUGCACGCUGACCUUUACAGCUGCGGGAGGGAAAUACGGGGACAGAAUCGAGAUCACUUUCCUGUCCUUCCAAAUAGGGAUCUUCGACCUUGACAGUUCCAGUUGCUUAAGAGGCUACAUGGAAGUAGAGGAAUCAGGUUCGAUUCAAAUAGAAAAGGUUACACCACGAGUCCGUCGUAGAACUAAAAAGAAAGGCAAUCCACGGAGGAAAGGCACCUUCCUGAGAGCCCCUGCAGGGUCAUUUUGUGGCCCUUUGAUUGGGCAGUCAGCGACGUUCUACAGCACAAGGGACACUGUCAAACUAACUGUAUUUGUACCACCUCAAGGAGCUGCUGGCCAACCUGUGGUGCCCCGUUUGUAUCUGACAUACAGAUUCUUGCAUCACAGCCAAAAGGAUAGUUUACUAACCAGUAACAAAAUAGCUGGUGGAGGGAAGUGUGAUACUCUGCUCACUAAUUGCCAUUUCCGUGACUGUAUCAUAAGAUCGCCUAAUUUUCCAGGAUUCUAUUUACGCAACAUAUCAUGCCAUUACUGGAUACGUCAAGACUCAGCACCACCUGGUCAAAUCGCACAAAUUGAAAUCUACCAAGAUAAUGAGUUCAAAAUCAGCAUUCCUAGUGGUCACUCAAACAGUGACCGAUACAAACCUGGUACACUAACCUCAGAUUGUGCAGGAGAUGUAGUGAAAGUUUUUGAUGGAAGAACUAUAGAAUCACCUCUAUUAGUAGAAUUCUGUGGAGCUGGGCCAUUGCCAACUAUCCGAUCCAGUGGGCCCGAUAUAUUGAUAAAACUGAUCAGUGUUCCUUUUCAAACACUUUCUAAUUCCCAUUUCGAAUUAGCAGUUAAAAUUCACUUUGCGAAAAUUUCUGGGUCGUUUCGGGCUGCUUCAGAAGGAUGUUCAUUAACUGUCGAUGGUGGUAGACAUCCAGUUGGAAUUCUCCAAGGACCAGACCACUCCGUCCCAUCUGGUACAACUUGCACAUAUCGAGUAACUGGUAAGCGACCAACUGAUCGCAUUUGGCUGUAUUUUUCUUCCUAUCAUGUACCAGAUCUCAACCCAUGGACUGAUAUUGAGCAUUGCGAUGUUGGAAAAUUAGAGAUAGUGCAUCCAAUUCCGAGAAUAAGACAUGCUCAUCACCAUUAUCAUCAUUACCAGUUAGCCAAUGCAUUGUCGGGUGAACAAAACAUUGGCGCAGAAACAAUUCUAACUGAAACUUACUGUGAAAAGAAGUCCCCAAGACAAUGUGGUCAUGCAUCAGAUUUUCCAGAUCUAAUUCCAUCGAGACCUUGCACAUUUCCUGAUGAAAGUUAUCUAAGUCCAGGACCAGAGGUCAUACUUAAGAUGACCUAUUUGUCAUCUACAGCAAUCAGGGGAAGUGGUGGUCCUCACUUUACAGCUAGAUAUGAAGUAGUAGAAAACAUGCCUUACAAAGAUGACAUUUCUUCACAACCUUGCAUUAUGAGUGUGCAUGGCAGAGAUUCCCCAAAGGGAUCUUUAGAAUCGCCUAGGAAUGUAUUUUUAUAUGGAAGAGGAGGUGCUAGAGAUCUGGUAUGUAAAUACGAACUUCGUGGUACGCCAGAUCAAAGAGUGCGUCUCAUGGUGCAAGAGUUGUUCUUUUCAUCCUCUCCGCUUUGUCAAACUACUUAUGAUGCAGUCACAGAACGUCAAAAAUGUAACGUUUUCCAUUUUGGAAAAUUUGCUCUAAUAAACGUUACCGAACUGUGGCAAGAUUCCACAGUGUUUGUUGGCUGUAUAUGUGACCCUAGCAAGAGCUUUAUUUUAGAAUCCGUUGGUCACAUGAUGGACAUUGAAUUUUUAGUUCGUAACAUGGGACCCAGAGACGAUUUUAGGACGUUUCACUUCAGCUUGGAUUAUGAAUUUGUCCCUGUAUCCAGCGUGUGCAAGACGUCCCAUUCUUCUGACACGAGUGUUAUGAGUGGUUCUAAAGGACAGUUAUCGCUGAAUAUUCACAGUGCGUCACCAUUUAGAUGUCGUUGGCUACUAGCUGCAUUUCCAACCAGAGCUCUCUACUUGACAGUGAGGGGAAGAACAUUCGAUGCAGAAUGCAGGAACAAAAUUUUGUUUUACAACGUCAACAACUGGGAACCUUUUAAAGUAUUCUGUUCAUCAGACAUCGAUCACUAUGAAACAUUUUUCACCCAGUCGUGGAAACCAGAUCCAACUCGAACUUUCGAAGCAGAUUUAACACUCUUGGAAUACAUUUUCAACGAGCCUGGCCAAUUUAAGGUGAAUUGGGUGGAAGUCACCAGGCCCAAAUCAAAGCCUUGCUCCUUAGAAUGUCCAGAACUAGAAGCUUGCAUAGGUGAAGACCUGGCUUGUGACGGGAUAAGGCAUUGUCCAGUUUCUGGGAACGACGAGUCUCCUGAUCGAUGUAAUCAAUUACCUUUGAUGACUAUUGCCAUUUCAUCAACUGCAGCAAUUGCUCUUGUGACUUUAAUAGUGCUUGCCGUGUUGCUCAGGUACAGGUUGAUUAAAUCCAAAGACAAAACUGUGAUUCCACCACCAGAUAUGUACAGAAAUGAUUGCAAACACACGUUUUCUAAUAAAGCACCUGUGAGGUAGCAUUAUGCCCAAAGGUUCUGGAUUCCUGGACCAGAACCAGAGGAAGAUACAUUGGAGAUAUAUCCUCCUCCACCACCGAAUUUUGGUGGUACUAUUCAUUUUGAUUCUGAGAAUCAGUUAUUUUGUGAAACUAAAGUUUGAUAAAUGUGCAUGGAUGUUCAUCUAACAAUAAUUCGAUUAAACUUGGUCAUCGACAUUAUUUAAUGAAAUAUGAUGGUCAUCUAAAUCACUGAGGUUCAUUCUAAUAUUGCCCCAUAGUCUAAUGGGCACCUAUAAUUCUGGGUCUACAAACUAUUUCAAACUGAGAAGUGACCCUAAAAACUUUUUGCGAAGGAUCAUGUGCCCACAUUUCUAUAUCUUCAAAUGAAUGAACAUAUACCAAUUAAGCAUAUUGCUUUAUCUUAUUGCAAAACUAUAGAAGAUGAAAGAGCAUGUCUUUUCCUUUAUCAUGGUGCCAAUGUUAAAAACUUAUAAACAUUUUCUAUGCUGAAGCAUUCAAUAUUAAUAUUCCAUGAUGCAUAUCGAUGAUCGAUCUGAAAAGAUAUAUGUAUCUUACUCCUUGUGAUUCUUCCAAUUUUAUGUAUAAAAACUUCAUGAAAAUGAAUUACAAUAUGUUUUAUGCUUACUAACCCAAAGUGUUUCUGGAAAAAAAUAACAGUUUACUUCUUAACUUCUCAUAUUUAACAAGAUUUCGAUUAGCACAUCUUAUCGAUUUUGCAAGACUCAAUAAGCGAUUUGAAAAUCCAUAUUAUAAGUACAGAAUAUAAUAUGAACCAGUAUUUUAAAGGAGCUUCAAGAGCAUUUCAGUUGACAUUUCAAAUCCGCAAAAGUAUACAAAUAAAUGAUUAAUUUUACAUAACAAUGUUUUAUUUAUUACGUAUCCAAAAUGUAUGAACCCUGAAAUGUAUAUUAUAAGAAAACUUUUUUACAAAAGAUUGCUGUGGUUGAUUAAUACCAAAUCUUCAAUAUGUACCAUUGAUAAAAAUAUCUCCUGUUGCUUUAAAGCAAGAUCACCAAGAGAGAAUUGGUAAUGUAAAACUGCACCUGUAUCUCAAUGGUUACAAAAAAUGCAUUCCGAAAAUCCCACUUUUGUAAUUAUUUCUAUUCUUCGCACUGUGUUUGU